UCCAGCGGGCGGGACUGGAGAGCGCCGCACGCCCGCAGCCGCCGGCCCUGCCGGAGGCUCCGCGCCCUGCUCCGCGCGAUCGAUCGCUGGCGCCAUGGACCGAGGCCGCGUGCUGGAGCAGCUGCUCCCCGAGCUCACAGGGCUGCUCAGCCUCCUGGACCAUGAGUACCUCAGCGACACCACCCUGGAGAAGAAGAUGGCUGUGGCCUCCAUCCUGCAGAGCCUGCAGCCCCUCCCAGCCUCUCUGCCUCGCUGUGUGCUCAGCAGCAAAGCCCCCUCGUCUGCUCCAGCCUUUUCCCCAACCUCAGCCAAAGAAGUCUCCUACCUGUAUGUGAACACAGCGGACCUCCAUUCCGGGCCCAGCUUUGUGGAGUCCCUCUUUGAAGAAUUUGACUGUGACCUGAGCGACCUUCGAGACAUGACAGAGGACGACAGGGAGUCCUGCAAAGAAGCCACCCCUGAGCCAGCCAAGAGCCCACCUCUGAGACACGCAGCCGACUUGCCUCCACCGCUCCCCAAAAGGCCUCCACCUGAGGAAUACUAUGAGGAGGCCCUUCCCCUGGGGCCUGGCAAGUCCCCCGAGUAUAUCAGCUCCCACAACGACUGCAGCCCAGCCCACUCGAUUGUGGACAGCUACUACGAGGAUGCAGACAGCAGCUACCCCGCGACCAGGAUGAAUGGGGAGCUGAAGAACUCUUACAAUGACUCUGACGCCAUGAGCAGCUCCUAUGAGUCCUAUGAUGAGGAGGAGGAGGAAGGGAAAGGGCCGCAGCCCACACACCACUGGCCUUCAGAGGAGGCCUCCAUGCACCUGGUGAGGGACUGCAGGAUAUGUGCCUUCCUGCUGCGGAAAAAGCGCUUCGGGCAGUGGGCCAAGCAGCUGACCGUCAUCAAGGAGGACCGGCUCCUGUGUUACAAAAGCUCCAAGGACCGGCAGCCACAUCUGAGGCUAGCGCUGGAUGUCUGCAACGUCAUCUACGUGCCCAAGGACAGCCGGCACAAGAGGCACGAGCUGCGCUUCUCCCAGGGGGCUACCGAAGUCCUGGUGCUGGCACUGCAGAGCCGGGAGCAGGCCGAGGAGUGGCUGAAGGUCAUCCGAGAGGUCAGCAAGUCCGUUGGGGGUGCUGAGGGGGCAGAUGUGCCCAGAUCCCCAGUCCUCCUGUGCAAGGUGGACCUGGACAAGGGGGCUGUCUGUGUCCCUCCCCAGAGGCUGUCCCAAGAGAAGCAGACCUCGGAUUCCGACAGCAUGGGCCUGAGCGACAACUGUUCCACCCUUGGCCGCGAACACGGCAAAGGGAAGAAGAGCAGCCUGUCAGAGCUGAAGGGCUCAAUGAGCAGGGUUGCGGGCCGCAAGAUCACCCGUAUCAUCAGCUUCUCUAAGAAGAAGGCACUGGCCGAUGACCUGCAGACAUCCUCUACCGAGGAGGAGGUUCCAUGCUGUGGUUACCUGAAUGUGCUGGUGAACCAUGGCUGGAAGGAACGCUGGUGCCGCCUAAAGUGCAACACCUUGUAUUUCCAUAAGGACCGCACGGACCUGCGGACCCACGUGAAUGCUAUCACCCUCCACGGUUGUGAGGUGGCCCCAAGCUUUGGGCCCAGACACCCAUUUGCCUUCAGGAUCCUGCGCAACCGGCAGGAGGUCGCCAUCUUGGAGGCAAGCUGCUCCGAGGACAUGGGCCGCUGGCUCGGGCUGCUGCUGGUGGAGAUGGGCUCCAAAGUCACUCCCGAAGCGCUGCAUUAUGACUACGUGGACGUGGAGACCUUAACCAGCAUCGUCAGUGCAGGGCGCAACUCCUUCCUAUAUGCAAGAUCCUGCCAGGAUCAGUGGCCUGAGCCCCGAGUCUACGAUGAUGUUCCUUAUGAAAAGAUGCAGGACGAGGAGCCUGAGCGUCCCUCUGGAGCCCAGAUCAAGCGCCAUGCCUCCACCUGCAGUGAGAAGUCCCAUCGGGCAGACCCACAGGUCAAAGUCAAGCGCCACGCCUCCAGUGCCCAUCAAUAUAAGUACGGUAAGAACCGAGCUGAGGAGGAUGCCAGGAGGUACCUGGUAGAAAAAGAAAAGCUGGAGAAAGAGAAAGAGACAAUCCGGACAGAGCUGAUGACACUGCGGCAGGAAAAGAGGGAACUAAAGGAAGCCAUUCGGAACAGCCCAGGGGCAAAGUUAAAAGCUCUGGAAGAGGCCUUGGCCACCCUGGAAGCUCAGUGUCGGGCGAAGGAAGAGGGUCGGAUCGACCUGGAGCUGCGGCUGGUGGCUGUGAAGGAGCGCUUGCAGCAGUCCCUGGCAGGGGGCCCAGCCCUGGGACUCUGCGUGAACAGCAAGAACAAGAGCGGGGAAACUGCAAAUAAACCCCAAAACAAUGCCCCAGAGCAACCUCUCCCUGUCAAUUGUGUUUCUGAGCUGCGGAAGAGGAGCCCAUCCAUCGUAACCUCCAACCAAGGAAGAGUGCUACAAAAAGCCAAGGAAUGGGAAAUGAAGAAGACCUAGAAAGAGGAUGAGGAUUUCAUCCAAAGGAGAUAACACCUUGUCCAUCCAAGGCAGAAAUGCUUUUUUCACAAGGAGACAUCAGAAGACUGGAAGUAGCCCACACUCUCUGGGGCACCCAAAAGACCAGCCUUUAUUGUCUGCAGGAUUAUAGGGGACAUGGGGAGGGAAGAAGGAGGAGAGAAGAGGGAAAUGGAGGGCAUCCUUAUAACUUUACAGAGGGUGGAAAUGGGGAUGGAGGGAGACAGAAAUCUGCACAGUCGUAAAGGUUUUGUUAAAUGUCUUUGCCUUCCCUUCUAAAGAAGAAAUGAAAGCACAUGUGAAUAAGCCAUUCCAUCCCAUUCUCAGCAUCCCAUUCUCAGUCCUUAGGAAAAAGGAAGGCAGUGCUGAGGCAUCGGUGGUACAGUAUAAAGGGACAGGACUGGAUCAUCUGAUCUUGCUUGUGCCAAAUGGAUUCAUACUGGGCAUUACUGACAACCUCUGGGCAAGAUAGGCUGAAAAAUCAAUACAGUUAUCCCUAACUUGCAUGAAGUGAGCAAAAACUACAGAGAUCAUGUAAAUUCUACAAUCAUUCCUCAUGAUUAUACAAUCCUCAUGAUGCAGAAUCCAGAAUCCCUGAUUUGAGUGUUUACAAAUCAGAGAUCUGGCAAAGAGGGGUUCAGCAGCUGACAUACUUUAAGCUCACAGUGCUACUCAGUGACAAGAGCAUGGAUUUCUAAUGUCCACAGGAUGUUGCAGGCAUUGUAGGAUGGGGUCAUUUGCUGUCAGUCAAGUCCCCUACCUAAUUUACAUGGCACUCAGGCUCUGGGAGCUAUGGCUAGAAAUCCAGGUGACACUCCUUGUCUUUAACCUUACCUUGCACUUGGAGGCCCACCAGUCUGCCCUUUCAUACCUGCUAUCAAGUAAAACUAUCAUGGAGAACCAAGAGGAUGGUGGCUCAUUUCUGCCACAGGGGUGCUAAACUUUUUACAGACACUUGAUAGUUUUAUAGGGGAGCAAGGACCUCAAGUCCCAGGCAGUCUCCUAACUGCGCCACUCACUACUUUCUCAACACUGUAGGCACUUUAUAGGUCUUUACCACCUUUCCCUCCAAUAAAGAUAAAAACAUUUAACUGUAUAAGCUUAGAGGUUAGCUCAAGGGGAAAGAAGAGAAAUCCCAGAAUAACCUAUGGACACUUUGCUAGAGGCUACACACACUUUUCUUAACUAAGACUUUACAUACUUGAGCCUCACCCAAACUUUAUCACCCUCUGAGGUAGCUAGAGACCAAAGCAAGUAAAAUAACCUGACCAAACGCACCUGGCUGCCAGAGGCAGCACUUAAGACUUAGGGCUAAUGAGCCUGGAUCCAGACAAGGCUGCUUGAGCCCUGCCUCUGCCACUUACCAGCUGUGACUUUGACCUCUCUGAUUGCUUUCCUUACCUGUGAAAACCAUGUUAACAAUUGUACUCCUCUCCCAAGAAUACUGGGGGAAAACCAGGUUAACAACUAUACUUUCCUCCCAAGACUACUGAGGGAAUUCAAUGAGUUAAUACACAGGAAACAUCUUGUACAGCAUCCAAGAAAUAGGAAAUGUUCAGCCAUAGUGGUUCUUCUUAUUAGCUAGAUAAGAAACGCCUGACUCAAAAUCCUGUGUCCUUUCCACUGAAGAAGAAAUGACUUUCAUGUGGUUAUUACGACCACCAAAAGCUAAAAGGCAACCAAUCUAUAACUAACAGCUUUCAUCCAGAUGCCACCUGAGUGUCUUCAGUAACAAAGGAGUUCACAUAAUCUGAAUUGUCAAUGUUCUUUUUUAAAAUGUGGGUCCUGGAAUGGCACCCAACAAUCCAACUGUGUCCGCCGUGUGUGUCACAUUCUUUCUCGUGCAGUUAUUUUGAGGUUAAGUGCCUUUUGCCACCAAUAGAUCUUGGCUCUUUGAGAGGGGGUACCCUAGGAAAUUAAUAAUUAACAUUUAUUGAGCACUCACCGCACAUCAGACGCUGUUAGCCAUGACUGGCUACACAGGCAUACAACCUGUGCAGUCAACCCCACACCUAGCAGGGCCCUGUGCCUGGUUUAUUGCUCUGCUGUUACUCUCUCAGUAAUUUCGAACAAGGGGCUCCACACUUUCCUUUUGCCUUUUAUGUAGGCGUUCCUGGUGCUAACUAAUUACUUUUCUAGGUAUUAUCCCUUUAAUCUUUACUAAAACCCUGUGAGAUAGGCUCUAUUAACCCAGUUUUCAUAGUUCAGGAAAUGGAAGCCCAGAGAGGUUAGGUAACUUGCUAAAGCCCACAAUUAGGAAGUGGGAGAGCUGGCACCUGAAUACAUGAAGUCUGACCCUAGAACUCCCCUCCUCUUAGUUCCAAGGCUCUAUUUCACUCAUGUCUCCCCCUCCUCUUGCACUGCAGUAUUCAGAAGCACACAGACACUUAAUAGAUGAAUAAGUGGAUGCAGCACAUUUGGUGUAACUUAGCUAAGAGAAGUGUUAACAAAAUGGCUAAAACAUGGAUGCCAGUUCUGGUUUGGUUGUUUUUUCAAAGUGUAGGGUCAUGGUUCUAAAGUGGACUUG